GGUUUACAUUUUAAUGACUGGAGUCCUGAUUUUUCAGGUUAUUUCCUGACUUUAGUUGCAGUUUAGGAUUUGUCAGCGAGUUGAUUUGCAGCCAGUUCUGUACGGUAAAUAAAACUGGGCCGGGUUAGCUAAUCAUUGAACUCCAGCUUUCUCCAUGCUCAUGCUUUAUGUUAUAAAUUUUAGACAGAGAACGAUGGGAGAAAUCAGCUUGUUAAUAGUUGCUGCUGUUCUCGGACAGAUUGGGUGCAGUGACCGUGAAGUUUUCCUCCAAAACAAAGAUGCAAACAACAUUUUGCAGAGACAGAAACGAGCCAACUCAUUGUUCGAGGAGAUCAAGCCAGGAAACAUAGAGAGGGAAUGCCACGAGGAAAAAUGUUCCUUUGAGGAAGCACGGGAAGUAUUUGAAAACAAGGAAGACACGCAUGAAUUUUGGAAUGAAUAUGUAGAUGGAGACCAAUGUGACUCUAAUCCUUGUCAAAACCAAGGUAACUGCAAAGAUGGGAUUGGCUCUUAUGCCUGCUGGUGUCAACCAGGGUAUGGAGGAAUAAACUGUGAGAUAGAACCUUUAAAACUCUGUCAUUUUGAAAACGGAGGAUGUCACCACUUCUGCAAGAGUGAUGUAACGAAUGGAGUGAGGUGCACGUGUGCCCCGACCUACAAGCUUGAUGCUGACCAACAUUCCUGCGUCCCUGUAGGGAACCACCCAUGCGGGCGAAUCGCAGAGAUCAAUGCAGUGCGGUCACUGGAUAUCACUUUUGGAGCCAACAACACUGAUGCACUCAAUUCAUCAUCGAGUAAGGUCAUGGACAAACUUCGAGUGUCCAAUGGGACAACUGUCCACAGGCUCAGUAACGUCACGGGAGCCUACAACUACACUAACAUCCGACCAUCAGCGGCUGACCACACCAAAAUAGUGGGCGGUGAGGAAUGCAGGAAAGGACAGUGCCCUUGGCAGGCUAUGCUGCUGGACAAUGAGAACAAAAUAUCAUUCUGUGGUGGAACUAUCCUGAAUGAGAAAUGGAUCAUCUCGGCAGCCCAUUGCUUCGUCAAGCCUAUUGACUUUACAGUUGUUGUUGGCGAGCACAACAUUGGCAAGCAGGAACACACGGAGAGGUACCACCAGGUGAAAGAGGUGAUCCAGUACCACAGCUACAACCCCAAUAGAAGCCAGUAUGACCAUGACAUGGCUCUGAUCCUCCUGACCACCCCCAUCAUAUUUACCCCCUUCAUCGUCCCCAUCUGCCUCCCAGAGAAGCACUUUGCGGACCAGGUGCUGAUGACGCAAACCUACGGGAUGGUGAGUGGCUGGGGCAGUCUGGGCACCAAGGGGAGCGUCCCUCAAGUUCUGCAGCGGAUUAACAUCCCCUACAUUGAGCGCAGCAUCUGCAAAGACUCCAGCAAGCAUCGCGUGACCAAGAACAUGUUCUGUGCCGGCUACCCGGACGCCACCAAAGAUUCGUGUCAGGGAGACAGUGGUGGGCCCCACGUCACCAAGUACAAGAACACCUGGUUCCUCACCGGCAUUGUCAGCUGGGGAGAUGGCUGUGCAAAAAAAGGCAGGUAUGGCUUUUACACCAAGGUCUCUCGUUAUCACCUCUGGAUCAUAAGACAAAUGGGAAAAUGAUUUACAGGGAAGGAGCAGCAUAUCUCAUUGCCUGGCAUGCAGCAGCCUAAUGCUUUUGGAAAUGAAAUAUUCCCGAUAUCCAAAAUCCAACACACACAAAUUUCUUGCCUCUGGCCAUGUGAUAAAUAAUAAGAAUCAUCUUCAGGGAUGUUUCCAUUAAUCAGUGUUUGGUGUUAGAUUUAUGUGCAUUUUGUAAAACUGUGCCAUAUUCUUGUCUUGGGCAAGAUUUUGAUGAUAAAAUAAAUAUCUGUCCAUAUGA